AUGCCGCAGCUGGACGCGGGCGGGGGCGGCGCGGGCGGGGGCGACGACCUCGGCGCGCCCGACGAGCUGCUGGCCUUCCAGGACGAGGGCGAGGAGCAGGACGACAAGAGCCGCGACAGCGCCGCGGGCCCCGAGCGCGACCUGGCCGAGCUCAAGUCCUCGCUGGUCAAUGAGUCCGAGGGCGCGGCGGGCGGCGCGGGGGUCCCGGGGGCCGGCGCCGGGGCCCGCGGCGCAGCGGAGGUCGGGGCCGAGGCGCUCGGGCGGGAGCACGCUUCGCAGAGACUUUUCCCCGACAAACUUCCAGAGUCCCUGGAGGACGGCCUGAAGGCCCCGGAGUGCGCCAGCGGCAUGUACAAAGACACGGUCUACUCCGCCUUCAAUCUGCUCAUGCACUACCCACCCCCGUCGGGAGCAGGGCAGCACCCCCAGCCUCAGCCUCCGCUGCACAACAAGGCCAGUCAGCCAGCCCACAGCGUCCCACAACUCUCUCCUCUCUAUGAACAUUUCAGCAGCCCACACCCUACAUCUGCACCAGCCGACAUCAGCCAGAAGCAAGGCGUUCACAGGCCUCUGCAGACCCCUGACCUCUCCGGCUUCUACUCUCUGACCUCAGGCAGCAUGGGACAACUCCCCCACACCGUGAGCUGGUUCACCCAUCCAUCCCUGAUGCUGGGCUCUGGUGUACCUGGCCACCCCGCAGCCAUCCCCCACCCGGCCAUCGUACCUCCCUCGGGGAAGCAGGAGCUGCAGCCAUAUGACCGCAGCCUGAAGACACAGGCAGAAUCCAAGGUGGAGAAGGAGGCCAAGAAGCCAACCAUCAAGAAGCCCCUCAACGCCUUCAUGCUGUAUAUGAAGGAGAUGAGAGCCAAGGUCAUUGCAGAGUGCACACUCAAGGAGAGUGCUGCUAUCAACCAGAUCCUGGGCCGUAGGUGGCAUGCGCUAUCUCGGGAAGAGCAGGCCAAGUAUUACGAGCUGGCCCGAAAGGAGAGGCAGUUGCACAUGCAGCUGUACCCAGGCUGGUCAGCGCGGGACAACUAUGGGAAAAAGAAAAGGCGGUCACGGGAAAAGCACCAGGAAUCUACCACAGACCCUGGCUCGCCUAAGAAAUGCCGUGCUCGCUUUGGCCUCAACCAGCAGACGGAUUGGUGUGGUCCGUGCAGGAGGAAAAAGAAAUGCAUUCGGUACUUACCCGGAGAAGGCCGCUGCCCCAGCCCCGUUCCUUCCGAUGACAGUGCUCUAGGCUGCCCCGGGUCCCCAGCCCCCCAGGACUCGCCCUCAUACCUCCUGCUGCCCCACUUCCCCACAGAACUGCUUGCCAGCCCUGCGGAGCGGCGCCUACAUCACCAGGUCUUUCAGCCGCUCUCAGCCUCCCAGCCCCCUGGACCCCCCAGAUCCCCCCCAGCACCCUGCAGAGUACACAAGUGCAACAACAGCAAUCUCAGAGACAGGCAACCUAGCAUGCACGGGACACCUGGCUACCUCCAGAGGCCCAUCCUCUGAAAGGAAGCGACAGAGCCCCAAAGCACGUGGAAACUGGCCAGGGGCCCCGUUACCUCCUGCUCAGGGACCAGGCCCGGGAGACUUCCGAGGCUGUACAACUUCUGCCUGAACCUGGAGCCAUCAAUUCCAAGCGCUCCAAGUGGUGGGACUCAGAUCUGUGUUGUGGUAUCUGAUUAAGGGCAUCCCUUGUGCCUACAGCAGCCUGCAUUGACUCUUUUUACCACCUGUCUUGCUGGCCAAAUGUCCCAGCCUCCCUUGCUUUUCUGCUAUAGGUCACAGAGGGGUGGACUCAGCCCAGCUGCCUGCCCUACCCUACACCUCCCUAGCCCCACCACUGCCAUGCCCUCCCCAUACCAGACACUUCAUGGACCAAGAAGAGCUAGUUUAUGAAACAACACGUGAGCAUGGUCACAACCACAUGCUCAAGACCAUGCUCUCAAAAGGGGCUGGAGAAGCCCUGUUGAUAGAAUGCAGUAACUAUUCAUAAACUAGACCAGAAGGAAGCCUCUUACCAUGUUCUCAAGAGCUUGUAAGACAAGGAGGGAAUGGAACAGGCUAAAUCUAGGCCUAUCACCGUAGGCAACAGGAAUAACCUGACACUACCUUAUCAGGCAAGUAUGGGCAGUGAGAGGUACCUGGCUCUAGUUCACAUUACUUAGAAUUGUUUCCAAGAGAAACCCAACCUCCCCAAAAGGUGAUACCAAGGUCCCAAGUCUGUCUCUAGUGGCUGAACUUAACAGCUGAGAGAAACGAUGUCCCCAAACCUGGUGUGCAUCCCUCCCCAGUCCCAGAGCCUUUGCCACAGCUCCAUUUCCUGCUUAGCCGUAUCAGUCUAGGCAGCCCUUGGGCAGUUGUGAGAGGGAGCCCAAACUUCACAACAGCCAGUGCCUACCUUCCAGCAUGAAACAGGUCAGCUUCCUUUCCCUGAUGGGGCUGCAGGAAGGUACCAUCACCAUCAAAGCAAGGAGUCCAGAGAACCUCCAGUGGUAGUCAGUGGGUUUUCACCACAGCCUACUUUAACCCAUUUCUGAGCCAAGCUUCAACCCUGAGCCUUAAAAAACAAAACUUUUUUUUUAUUUAAAAAAAUUUUUUUUGCCUCUUCCUCACUGUACAUAGCCUGACUCCAAAGAAAAAAGGCUGUUCCUAUACCCAUGUACCCCUCAACAAAAGCCUUUAGUUCCUACUUUAGCCACUGGCUUCUCAGAAUCCAAAGAACGUAUAUUCUAGUUUAGUGUUGCAAGAAGUCUUGAGAGAAAGAAAAGACUAUUGUAGUAUUCAAAAUAUUUUUGUAUUGUUAAUGCAUCAUCAUACAAAAACUUUUUUAACAUGAGAAUAAAGAUACUUUUUACUGGGUUUCUUUUUCAAAACUUGACCCUGAGGAAUAAGCUGUUUCAGUAAUGGAGCAUUACACUCUCCUUUUCUUAUCCACAGCUUAGAACUUGGGGCUUAUUCUCGAUCAUGGGACACAUUCUUGAGACUCAAUCUACAGAAGCCAAAGAUUACUUUCCUCACUUUUCCCAUAGGGGGGCUUAGGCCUUGCUCCAACCACAAGAGCUAAGCUCAUUCUAUGUGUAAACUCCCAUUCCAAGCUUUGCACCUAAGUCCCAAAUUGUGGGACCUCACAACUGAUGCAGGGCUAGGCUGCCUGCAUAUGAGAAUGGGCACAAGACCACUAGGCUCCAUCUUCCCCUCCACUAUCCUUCCACAGAGAGAAAAGACCAAACACUCUGGUGUACAUCCUAUUUUGAAAAAAAUGAGCAAACUGGAGUUUUUUGGAAUGUGGUGUCAGAAAAUUUGAAAGGGCAUUUUAAUAGUGCUCUUUCCUCCCAAAAGCUAAUUAAUUAGGUGAAGUAUCUUCAUUAUUUUUAUGUAAAUCCUCUCCAGUUCAGUCUGCAGGUUACUUUUUACACAGGGGUUUCCAUCAUGUUUAAUAGCGUUAACUCCUCAAACCCAUCAUGAAUGUAAAAGGUGUAAGGCCACUUCAGUAGGUCAAACAUUAGAUGCAAAUGCUGGGCAAGAAAAAAAAUCACAACAGCCACCCACUGGGUCACUCACCAUCAUGCACUGUAAUUUUUACUGAGUCAUAUUUUUGGGAUUUUAUGUUUGAAAAUAUUUAUAAAUAAAGUCAUCUUCCAGAGUAGUGCCUAUUUAAAGUAGGCCACUGCAAGCUGUAA